AGAACGUAGCUUUUCUCUCUCUCUCUCUCUCUCUUAGAAGUGGGCAGUAUCCACACCGCCUGCCAGAAACAGCUAAUUAUGUACAUCGGCACUGGUUGCUUAGCAACAACCACCAAACGAAACAGUCCGAAGAGUGAAAACGAGCUUCGGUGAUGGGAUAUCGAUCAGUGACUUUUUGAACUUCCCUCUGCUCUGCAAACAUCACCACUCGUCGUUGUGAGGAAUAUACUAACAUUGCAGGUACUUCAAUUCAAAUAAACUUUGUCCAUGUAUUAAUUUCCUGUCUGUUUCUUUUUUUCUGUUUUAGUUUCUUUAUUACAUUCUUCCUAGCGAACCAUGGCGAUUGCGCUGGCCGAAGUGGACAAGUAUGAUGUACUAGAAAGGAUAGGAUGCGGCUCAUUUGGGGUCAUCCGCAAAGUUAGGCGCAAGGCCGAUGGCUACAUCCUUUGCCGCAAGGAAAUUAACUAUGUCAAAAUGUCGCAAAAGGAGCGCGAGCAGCUUACGACCGAGUUCAAUAUCCUCAGUUCUCUUCGACACCCCAAUAUUGUCGCAUACUAUCACAGAGAGCAUCUGAAGGCUUCCCAGGACCUUUACCUCUACAUGGAGUACUGUGGUGGUGGAGACCUUGGAAUGGUUAUCAAGAACUUGAAGGCGACGGGUAAAUAUGCAGAAGAGGAGUUCGUUUGGCGGAUAUUUUCUCAGCUUGUUACCGCGUUGUAUCGGUGUCACUACGGCGUGGACCCGCCGGAAGCUGGAUCCAAUGUGCUGGGGCCACCACCGAAUAAUAAACCUUCCGGCUUGAAAGGAAAACAGGCGCAGAUGAUGAUCCUACAUCGCGAUCUGAAACCGGAAAAUAUUUUCCUCGGGGCGGAUCAGUCUGUCAAGUUGGGCGAUUUUGGGCUAUCGAAACAAAUGAGAUCCCACGAUUUCGCUUCAACCUACGUUGGCACUCCCUUUUAUAUGUCCCCAGAAAUAUGUGCUGCCGAAAAAUAUACUCUCCACUCUGAUAUCUGGGCGGUCGGUUGCAUCAUGUAUGAACUAUGCCAGAAGGAGCCUCCUUUCAAUGCCCGGACUCAUAUCCAACUCAUCCAGAAAAUUCGCGAGGGGAAAUUUGCGCCUCUACCGGAUAUGUACUCUUCUGAGCUCAAAAGCGUGGUUGCGAGUUGCCUAAGAGUCAACCCGGACCACCGGCCGGACACCGCUGCCCUGCUAAACAUGCCAGUAAUUCGCCUCAUGCGGAAGGAAAAAGAAGUCGUGGACUUGGGUAUCUCAUUGCGUAAACGGGAGGAAAGUGUAUCGCAGCGGUUGAAGGAAGUCGAACUUAACUACGCACGUCUAGAGAAGGAGAAAGCAACUAUGAAAAUGGAGAUCGAAAAUAAGGUUCGCCGCGAGUGGGAAGUGAAAGCGAGGCUCGAGAUUGAUCGACAGGUUCAAAUGGAGCUCGAGAGGCUUCGGAAACGAUUUGACAUGGAGGUCCAAGAAAGAGUUGCUACAGAGCUGCAGAAGCACAGAAAGAGUGCCUCCCCAGCCAUUGAUGAAGGUGAAACUACGUCGUCUGCGGAGCACUCUUGUCAGUCAUCUAUUGGAACCGGGACUGCAGACGAUGACUUCCCUUCCUCCACGGAUCUCAGUGAGCUGUCAAUUGACUCCCCAACAUCUGAGAGCAGUAAACUACUGAAGAAAGCUGGCCGGACGCCAUUCAGCCGCUCAAAAACUACCUUCGAGUCCCCCCAUGAUAUACAAAUGGCUGAACCGUCUCCAAUGUCUAUAGCUUCAUUGUCCCUUUCCCCGCGCCGCACUACAGGAAAUGGGAACUCCAGAAAUAUAUUUGCGGAAGGUGCAAGGUCAAAUCCCAAAUUGGAACCAUGUUUAGCAUAUAACUCGGAUGACGAAGAUGAUAUUCCCGAUGUGCCUUCUCCCACCCGGCCGAGAGUGAGACCGGACCCAAUAAAGGCCCCUGUAAGGCCCUUGCUCCGGCAAAAUACAACUGCCAUGAUGCAGAAACUGAGCACGCAACCUAGCCUGUUCCCCUCUAAAGGUUCGGGUCUACCCCACCUUACCACUACUGUAUCACACAACGAUCUUAGACACGCUGCUGCUUCAGAGGCAAAAGUGAAAUCCCCCCGUCGCCUAACGAAGAUCCCCUCAUCCGCAAAUCUUGCUGGAGAGGGCGGAUCUCCCCGCAGGGCAGGGAGCAAACCGCCGACCUUCAAAGGAAACGCUGGCGGCGAGGAGAUGUUCAAAGCCGUUCUGCAGCGGAACAUGGGCGGUCGGACACUUGUCGAGCUUGCCCAGGCCAGAGCAGGUGGCAGGCCAGUUGAAGACACGAAGCGAAAUUCUAGCGAGUCCAGGAUUCCGACAACGGGAUUUUCUCCUCAUACACAUGUUUUUGACGCCAUGAAGACCGCUGAAAGAGACCCUCCAGCAACAUGGGAUCCGGAGCGAGAUGAGAUGCCCAGCCCAUUUUUGGCUAGGGGGGCCAAAGUUAUUCGAAACCUUAGAUAGGAAUUCGGUGUUAUAUCCGUGUUUGAGCGUCGCAUCAUAAUCGUCAUUUGUAGGGUCCGCAGUUGGUGUCUGUGCGGCGUUAUCCUUUGUGUCCAAAGCUUGUUAUUACAUGUCAGGGGAGCAGUGUGCUUUGGUAUUUUGGAGAGGCGUGUCUCGCCGCCUGCACGACGAGCCGUCUCGAAUUCUUUCCUUCACCAUAUUUCCUUUGUCAGGAGGCCAUGUCUACAUGAGUUUGUUUUUUAGGUGCCUGGCGUUUCCCUGGUCGGAUUUCUCCUUGUUUACCUUUUCCUCGCUCUUUUUCUCUCCUUCUCCCUCUCUCUUUUUCUCUCGAGACGGCGCAAGGAGUUUUUAUCAGCUGGCUGCAUUCCACGGCGUUGGAAGUGCCUUUCGCAAUUUAGCCACCGCUGUUCGGUAGCUUAUCAGGGUUCUCAGGGGAAGCUACCUGUUUGCAAUGCGAUAGGCUCCGGAAACGGCCUUUAUUUACCCCUUUAUUACCGAUGCUAUUGCAUGUUAUCUUAAAACGGCGUCGCUUUUUCGUACCUCAGAGCCGUCUGGAAAAAUACUUGUUGUUUACCCUCAGUUCCCCCCCUACUCAUUCCUAUUUGAUUUUAUUCUAUACUUGCACCACAUAACUGGCAUGGCGAGGCUGUUUACUACUUAGCUUUUACUUUUCUUUUUCUAGGUUUCCCUAUUUUUUUUAAAUGUAUAGCGCUUUUUCAUUUCAUUCCAUUUCGCUUUUCUUCUCUCUUCAUUCCCAUUUUAUCAAAAUAACUAUGAUAUCUAGUCCUUUUAUACACUGUGUGCACCUUUUCCUUCCCUACCCUUUCGUUCCUCGCUUUCAGAGUCAUUUUCUCGUUUUCCCUGAUUGGUAGCAAUCGAUUAUCUUCUCUCAUCGCUCAGUCCUCUUAUUCACACCUUACUUUCCAUUACGGAUGUACUAAACCCUUUUUACCCAUUGUCAUUUGUCCUUGGGCUCAUGACUUUUGACUCAUACCUGACUGACUGACUAUCUUUGCCUACCUCACCUUAAUGUUAGGGGUAUGCCAUACAAUGUCCGCGGGUUCAAACCAAACGCCGAUUGACUGGAAGCGGUGGAAGACUCUGUCUGGCUUUUUUUGUUUGCUACAUAGCUUUCCAUUUAUUUAUUUUUUGUCUCGAGUGGAAAAUAAAAUUAUCUGGCAGCGCAGCGUGGUCCAUACUGAUGUGAUCGGUGCAGACCUCCCUCACCAAAACUUGGUAUAGGUACGGCACGACGUGGAGAAGAGAGAGGUUACCCUUAGCAUUGUACAGAUAGCCCUCCAGGGAAUAAAAAAAAAAAAAAAAAGCACAUCGGCUGAUAUAACCAAACUGCCGUACACUACACUCGUGUUGAAAUACCUGUUGAAAUACGCGUUGGACAUCCACCCAUCCCGCAUGCCAUUGCCGGCGCAACUAGCACCUUCAUAUAAACCCCCAAGCGAAACUCAGUUAACGGCAUGCAUGCGGGCAACGGAAACUCAACCUCAAGCGGAAGAAGUUUUUUU